UUAAUACAAACAUAUUCUUCCCACCAUGAGUAACACGUUGAGAAUGAGAAUAGAAGACUAUGGACCAGCCAACGAGCGUUUGAAGGAUGCCGCCUUGCGUAGCAGCACCGAGCUACUCGUUUGUCCCUACGACAAAUCGCACCGAAUCCUUCCAACCAAGAUGCAGAUCCAUUUGAAAAAAUGCGCGGUUCAAAAUAUCCACAAAAAGGGCCUCAUCAUUUGUGAUUACAACUUCACCCACCACAUCGCACCAGAAGCCAUCGAAGCCCAUCUUCUGAACUGCCCUGAUAGGUGCAAAGCCGAAAAUGUGGUCAAGGAUCUUGAACGCAGCAAGAAUGAAACUCCUAUGAUUCAGCCUUCUCUGGUGCCUGAAGGAGAAGAAAACUGGGACAACGAGGAUUCUCCAACUUAUGAUCCUUUUAGGAGCAAGGCGAAUGAGGCGAUGUUUAGGUGCUUGAAGGGGGCUCCGAAGUCUCUAAGGCGCCAAUUUCAAAAUCAGCAGCGUAUUCGAAACAAUAGACUACUUUCGGGCGGCAAUAUGAAUUUGCCUUCGACAAGCGGCACCCACUAUUAA